GGUUGACGAAUGCGCAGUAUUGUGGAUACAGCGCUGGCAUAGCUAGAGUGUUAGCUAAAGCUCAAGUUUUGCUACUGUCUGGAAUAGCCCGCUCGUUAUUUUUUUAUCCACUAUAGACGAAGAAUGCCUCCAUUAAACGGAAAAGGCGAUGUUAUGUUUGAAGAAGAUGAUCUACCCUAUGAAGAGGAGAUCAUUCGGAACCCAUACUCAGUCAAGUGCUGGAUGCGAUACAUUGAAUUCAAACAGAAUGGAGCCAAAUCCACCCUGAACAUAAUAUAUGAACGGGCUCUGAGAGAACUGCCUGGCAGUUACAAGCUGUGGUACAGUUAUCUGAGAGAGAGACGGAAACAAGUCAAAGGGAAAUGCAUCUCUGAUCCAGGCUUUGAAGAGGUCAAUAAUUGCCAUGAAAGGGCAUUGGUGUUCAUGCAUAAGAUGCCUAGAAUAUGGCUCGAUUACUGCCAGUUCCUUGUGUCUCAGUGCAAGAUGACACGAAGUCGGCGGACAUUUGACCGUGCACUUAGAGCUCUUCCUGUUACACAGCAUCCACGCAUCUGGCCUCUUUAUCUCCGCUUUGUCCGUAACCUGCCCCUACCCGAAACUGCCAUCCGGGUGUAUCGCAGGUAUCUCAAGCUUUCUCCAGAGAAUGCAGAGGAAUACAUUGACUACUUACGAUCUGUUGGCCGUUUGGAUGAAGCAGCUGUCCGACUAGCAGCUGUUGUCAAUGAUGAAAACUUUGUGUCCAAAGAGGGCAAGUCCAACUAUCAACUGUGGCAUGAACUAUGUGACCUGAUCUCCCAGAACCCUGAUAAGGUGACCUCCUUGAAUGUAGGAGCCAUCAUCCGAGGAGGCCUCACUCGCUUUACAGACCAACUUGGAAAACUUUGGUGCUCUUUAGCCGACUAUUACAUCAGGAGUGGUCACUUUGAGAAAGCCCGUGAUGUGUAUGAGGAAGCCAUUCUUACAGUGGUCACAGUAAGGGAUUUCACACAAGUGUUUGAUAGCUAUGCCCAAUUUGAGGAGAGCAUGAUUGCUGCCAAGAUGGAGACCACUGCUGAGAUUGGGCAGGAUGAAGAUGAAGAUAUAGACCUGGAGCUCAGACUGGCCCGCUUUGAGCAGCUGAUAGCUCGGCGACCCCUCCUCUUGAACAGUGUACUACUGAGGCAGAACCCCCAUAAUGUACAUGAGUGGCACAAGAGGGUAAAACUGUAUGAGGGUAAUCCACGGCAGAUUAUCAACACUUACACUGAAGCAGUGCAGACUGUGGAUCCAAUGAAGGCCACAGGGAAGCCUCACUCUCUCUGGGUUUCCUUUGCCAAAUUCUACGAAGAAAAUGAGCAGUUGGAUGAUGCCAGGACAAUCUUCGAGAAGGCCACCAAGGUGAACUACAAGCAGGUGGAUGACCUUGCUGCAGUGUGGUGUGAAUAUGGAGAAACCGAGCUUCGCCACGAGAACUAUGAACAAGCACUGCGCAUUUUAAGGAAAGCUACAGCCAUUCCAUCUAAGAAAGCAGAGUACUUUGAUGCGUCUGAGCCAGUCCAAAACAGGGUGUACAAGUCAUUGAAGGUCUGGUCUAUGCUGGCUGACUUGGAGGAGAGUCUUGGCACAUUCCAGUCUACAAAAGCAGUUUAUGACCGCAUUAUUGACCUUCGCAUUGCAACACCACAGAUCAUCAUUAAUUAUGCCAUGUUUCUUGAGGAGCACAACUACUUUGAGGAAAGCUUUAAGGCAUAUGAGCGAGGCAUCGCUCUCUUCAGGUGGCCUAAUGUGUAUGACAUCUGGAACACUUACCUCACCAAGUUCAUUGAUCGUUAUGGGGGUAAGAAGUUGGAGAGAGCAAGGGAUUUAUUCGAACAAGCCCUGGAUGGCUGUCCUGCCAAGUUUGCCAAGACUAUUUACCUGUUGUAUGCCAAAUUGGAGGAGGAGUAUGGAUUGGCAAGGCAUGCCAUGGCUGUAUAUGAAAGAGCGACACAGGCAGUAGAAACAGUGGAGAGACAUCACAUGUUUAAUAUCUACAUCAAGAGAGCGGCUGAAAUUUAUGGUGUCACCUAUACCAGAGCAAUUUACCAGAAAUCUAUUGAGGUCCUUCCGGAUGAGCAUGCGAGGGACAUGUGCCUUCGAUUUGCUGACAUGGAGAGUAAACUGGGUGAGAUUGAUCGGGCCAGAGCAAUCUACUCCUACUGCUCCCAGAUCUGUGACCCAAGGGUGACAGCUAAUUUCUGGCAAGCCUGGAAAGAAUUUGAAAUCCGCCACGGAAAUGAGGACACCAUUAGAGAAAUGCUGAGGAUCAAACGCAGUGUCCAGGCCACAUAUAAUACCCAGGUCAACUUUAUGACCUCUCAGAUGAUGAAGGCCACAUCAAGCGCCACAGGCACAGUGUCAGAUCUUGCUCCUGGCCAGAUGGGAAUUGAUGACAUGAAGAUGUUGGAGCAGAAAGCUCAACAGCUUGCUGCAGAAGCUGAAAAGGACAAACCCAAGCCCAAAGAGAAGAUUCUGUUUGUUAGGAGUGACACUUCUCGCAGUGAGUUGGCCCAGCUUUCCAAACAAGCCAAUCCUGAUGAGAUCGACAUUGAUGAUGAUGAUGACGAUGACGAGGACGACAACAAAGACCAAGGACCGGAAGAGGUGCAGCUUGAACAGAAGAGUGUCCCUACAGCUGUCUUUGGAGGCCUGAAAGAUGACUGAGAGAUACCUUUACCUACUGUAAAGAUGUGGUCUUUGGAUUUUUCUUGAAGUUGUUGAAAAGACAAGAUUUUUAGGUUUUUGUAAAUGUCGAUUUGUAUCCACUUUAUAUCAUAGAAGCUGAUGUCUGUGAGAUUGUCUUAGUGGCAGUGUUUGUGCCUUCUGUUAACUUUCUUUUGAUUUCUAUAGUUCUAUAGAAAGAAACAAACCUCAUAGUUUUGGCCACAAGGUGUCAGCCUCUCUCACAUUUGGCUCAAACUACUUGUGCAGUUGAGCAGUUUUCUCUAAUGAAAUGAUCAUGUGGUUUUCAUGUUAACACUUUUUUUCUUCUUUUUUUUUUACUUUGUUUCCAAACAAUAUUUGUAAAAGAAUGAAUGGUGAAAGACUUUGGUAGACUUAUUAAAUAUCAGAGCAUUCUCUCUGAUAGGAACCUCUGCCCUAAAAACAAAGGGGAGGAGCAAAUAUUCAACAGGCAACAUUCAUUUGAAAGUGUAGCUGAGCAUUCAUGCUUCAUGUUGUUGGCUUGAGGAUCACUAGGUGUGUCCUACAAAGACUAGUGUUUUUGAAAAGAUUUCAUAAAUAAUAAAGUCAUGCUAUAUUUGUA